UGCUGCUGCUUCCAACCAACUCCAUUCCCAAUGUCUGCUCUUUCCUACAAGAAGUUUGAGGACAGCGACUCAGGCGCAUUGCCUGACAAGAUGACCAUUUUCCAGGACUGUCUCCAGGCCUUCAAUGCUACUCCUGUCAACGCCAAAAAAUGUCGACUACUAUUAUCCAGAUUGAUGAGAUUGUUGUAUUCUGGUGAAACCUUUCCUAGUCAAGAGGCAACUACUCUAUUUUUUUCCAUUUCCAAAUUGUUCCAGCACAAAUCCUCCUCUUUGCGUCAAAUGAUUUAUUUGGCCAUCAAGGAACUAGCCACGAUCUCUGAUGAUGUUCUUAUGGUGACUUCUUCCAUCAUGAAAGAUAUCCAAAAUGGCGAUUUGAUAUUCAAACCAAACUCAAUUAGGACUUUAAGCAGAGUUCUCGAUGGCUCCACGGUUCAUGCCACCGAAAGAAUCUUCAAAAAUUGUAUUGUUGAUAGAAAUCCAAAUGUUUCAUCUGCUGCUUUGAUCUCAUCAUACCAUUUGAUUCCUGUAGCCAAAGAUGUUGUCAAAAGAUGGACCAAUGAAACUCAAGAAGCUGUUUUUGCCCAAAAAUAUUUUCCUUCAAAUCAAUUCAACAAUUCAAGCAAUUCUUCUUAUCAAGAUUUAUACACUUCAACUCCUUCAUCCACUUUUUUCACCCAGUACCAUGCUUUGGGUUUAUUAUAUAUCUUAAGGAGUCAUGAUAAAAUGGCUUUAAUGAAAAUGAUCCAAAGCUUAAGCGGUGUCAAUUCUCCUCUUAAGAACUCAAUGGCAAUUGUACAAUUAAUAAAAUAUAUCACUAAAAUAGUUCAUGAUUCUAACGACCCUCAUUUGGCAAAUACCCUAUUCCCCAAAUUAUCAAAUUUCUUAAAACACAGAUCCGACAUGGUUGGUUUGGAGGCUUCCAAGGCAAUUUUAUCAUCCUCUUUAUUCACAAAUGAACAACACGCAACUGCCAUUUCUACUUUACAAGAUUUAUUAUCUAUUCCAAGAACUGUUACAAGAUUUGCCGCUGUUAGAAUCUUAAAUAGAGUUGCAAUGAAAAAUCCUGAAAAAGUCGUUGUUUGUAAUGUCGAAUUAGAAAACUUAAUUUCCGAUUCUAAUAGAUCAAUUGCUACCUAUGCGAUCACAACUCUAUUGAAAACAGGUUCUGCUGAAACCGUUGAUAGAUUAAUAAAAACAAUUUCAAGUUUCAUGAAUGAUAUAUCGGAUGAAUUCAAAAUCGUUGUAAUCGAUGCAAUUAAAAACUUAUCAUUGAAAUUCCCAGACAAAUAUAAAUCGAUGUUAGUCUUUUUAUCUGACGUAUUAAGAGAUGACGGUGGUUUCCCAUUCAAGAGUGCUGUAGUUGAAGCUUUGUUUGAUAUGAUCCAUUUCAUUCCAGAGUCUAGAGAUUCUGCUUUAGAAAACCUUUGUGAAUUUAUUGAGGACUGUGAAUUUACUGAAUUAGCUGUAAGAAUCUUACAUUUAUUAGGUCAAGAAGGUCCCAAAACCAAAAACCCUACUCUUUAUAUUAGACAUAUUUAUAAUAGAGUUGUUUUAGAAAAUUCAAUUGUUAGAUCUGCUGCAGUAUCUGCUUUAGCUAAAUUUGGUUUAAUUGAUGAUCCAACCAUAAGAACUUCAAUUGAAAUUUUACUAAAUAGAUGUCUUUGUGAUGUUGAUGAUGAAGUUAGAGAUAGAGCAACUCUUGCAUUAAAAUUAUUAAAAUCAAAGAAAAAUACCUCGGAUUCAUCAAAUAUUAUUGUCUCAGAAUUCAUUAGACCCUCAAAAUUAUAUUCAUUUCCAAUUUUAGAACAAAAAUUGGCCUUAUAUAUUUCAAAGGGAGCAUUUGAACUCCCAUUCGAUACCUCUUCCAUUCCUCAGCUUUCUGAAGAUGAAAUCAAAGCUGCUGAAUAUCAAAGCAAAACAUCUGUUACUUCAACUGAACCAACACGACCCACUAAAUCUAAUCGUGAUAGCACUAUUAAUCAUUCACCUGCAAAUGGUUCCAAUGAAAAAAAUAAAUUCAGUGAAAAGGAUUUACUACAACAAAAAUAUAGUCAAGAAAUUGCCUCAAUUGAAGAGUUUUCUAGUCAUGGUCCAUUAUUACAUUCAUCUUCAAUUAUAGAGCUUACAGAAAAGGAAACUGAGUUUGUUGUUUUAUGUGUUAAACAUUUGUUUAAGGACUAUUUAGUAUUACAAUUUAAUGUUGAAAACACAUUGCCAUCAAUAAUAUUAAAGAUGGUUUCAGUUGUAUCAAUUCCAAGCAAUGAUUAUUAUGAAGAAGAUUUUAUUUUGCCAAUUGAAACAUUGGCACCUGAAGCUAAGGGGACUAUCUAUGUAUCGUUUAAAAGACCAGUUGAUGAGGAAGGGUUUGAUAUUAUUGCAGAAUCAUUUUCAAACACAUUAUCAUUUACUACACAUGAAGUUGAUCCUAGCACAGGAGAAGUCAGUGAAGAAGAUGAGGGAUUCCAAGACGAGUAUCAAAUUGAGGAUUUGGAUCUUAUUGCAGGAGAUUUUAUUAUACCAUCAUUUGUUGGGAAUUUUUCAAAUAUAUGGGAUGAGCUUUCAAAGGAAAAUGAAAAUGUUGCAACGUUUAGUUUGAAUAGUUAUAAUUCAACUGAUGGAAUACAAGGAGUUAUUGAUAAAUUGAUUGAAAAUCUUUCAAUGAUGGCGAUUGAAGGUACAAGAACGUUUGAAAACAGUUCAAAUAGUCACCUUUUGAAAUUAUAUGGAAAAUGUAUAAAUGGUGAAAGAAUUGCGGGAGUUAUUAAAUUAGCAUCAAAUUCUAAAGAUGGUGUAAUUGCUAAAGCUAUUAUAAGAGCAGAUUCAUUUAAAUUGAGCGAAGUUGUUCUUAAUAGUGUGGCUUAGAAAAAAUCCCACAAAGUUAUAGAAAUAAAAUUGCGCAUAAAAUUUAUCUUAUUUUAUAGGUAAAUAACGUAUUUAAUUAAUUAUAAUAAUAAUUUUUAUUUAUUUUUGUUUUCAUUUUUAUUUUUUUAUUUUUAAUCUCAAAUUCAUUUAAAAAAUUUAGGUUAGAUAGUGAUAGUUAU